AUGACACCGCCAGCACAGCAUAAAAACUUCCACACUUCCAAUCCAGAAACAUCAUAUGCAAUUGAUCGUUCAUUACCUGAAUUUGCAGCAGCUGAACCAACAGAUGAAGAUAAUUAUUUUGCAAAUCAUCAACCACCAACUUAUUUACCAGAAAUUGAAAAAGAAGUACAACAAUUUAUCAAAUAUCAUCAAGAAAACACGGGUAAAAGAAUUGCAUUAGUAACGUCGGGAGGUACAACUGUACCAUUAGAAAAUAAUACUGUUCGAUUUAUUGAUAAUUUUAGUGCUGGUACAAGAGGUGCAACAUCAGCUGAAUAUUUUUUACGAAAUGAAUAUGCUGUUAUUUUUUUACAUAGAGAAUUUUCAUUAUUACCUUACCUGAGACAUUUCAGUCAUUCAACAAAUUGUUUCUUAGAUUUUAUGAUUGAAAAAGAUAAUAAAAUUGAAAUUAACCCAAAAUUCAGUACAGAGAUGUUGGAAGUUUAUAAAAAAUAUCACCAAGCACAAGUUUCCAAUUCAUUACUAUUAAUACCAUUCACUACAGUUAAUCAAUAUCUUUAUACUUUAAAAUUAAUAUCAGAAGAUUUAAAAAUUUAUUCAAAUAAAGUAGUAUUUUAUUUAGCAGCAGCAGUAUCGGAUUUUUUUAUCCCACAAUAUAGAAUGCCACAACACAAGAUCCAAAGUUCAGCAACUCAAGAUGGUGAAUUACUUAUAAGGUUAGCUCAAGUUCCUAAGUUUUUAUCUAGGUUAGUAUCAAAUUGGACUUCAGGUGCAAUGAUUAUAAGUUUUAAAUUAGAAACUGAUAAUGCUAUAUUGAUCAAGAAAGCCAAGAGUGCAUUAGAAAGGUAUCAUCAUCAAUUAGUAAUUGGAAAUUUAUUACAGACUAGAAAAAAAGAAGUUGUGUUUGUAUCACCUAUACAAGAUGAUAAAUGGAUAAAAUUAACUGAUGAAGAGUUACAAAAUGGCGUUGAAAUUGAAAGCGAAAUGAUACCCGCUGUUAUAGCAUUACAUGAUAAAUGGAUAGAGAAGACAUCAAAAUAA